AUGGAGUGCCCCCUCUGUCUGGAAGAGAUCGAUCUAUCCGAUGCCAACUUCAAGCCUUGCCCUUGUGGAUACCAAAUCUGCCGAUUCUGCUGGCACCACAUCAAGCAGAACCUCAAUGGCAGGUGUCCUGCUUGUAGGAGAAAGUAUUCGGAUCAGUCGAUUGAGUUCAAGCCAAUGAGCUCAGAAGAGAUCAAACGGCUGACUCAAGCCAAGAAGCAAAAGGAAAAGGAGAAGAAGGAGCUUGAGAAUAUGAAUCGAAAGCAUUUGGCCAACAUGCGCGUCGUUCAGAAGAAUCUUGUCUACGUGGUAGGAUUGAGCUCGAAGCUGGCAAAGGAAGAACUCAUACCAACUCUGAGGAGCAACGAGUACUUUGGCCAAUAUGGCCGUAUCUCAAAGAUCCUCAUCUCAAAACGAACCACUGCCUCGAAGCUGGUGAUGGGCACUUCAGAAUCGAACAUCGGCGUCUAUGUGACAUACCAUCGCAAAGAAGAUGCGGCAAGGGCCAUCGUCGCCAUCGACGGUAGCAAAGGGACUGAUGGCAAGAUCCUGCGGGCCAGCUACGGAACUACAAAGUACUGUACGACGUAUUUGCGCAAUCUGCCAUGCACAAAUCCGGCUUGCACUUAUUUGCAUGAACCUGGGGAGGAAGCUGACAGUUUCACCAAGGAGGAUCUCAGUACUCUGUGA